GCGCUCCUAACGGCGAGCGCAUUGGCUGCAGUCAGAGCUUCCCUUUCUGUAGAUCCUCGGUUCGCGACGGGCCGCCCGCCCGCCUUCAGCUCCCUGUGCUGUAGCCUCGCCGGCGUCUUCGCCGUCCCCGGAUUCCCGUGCUCGGCGCGAAGCCCUGGCCCCGGCGGCCGGGGCAUGGGCCAGGGGCGCGGGUUAAGGCGGCUUCCCGCAGUGCCGUGACGUGCACCAGCUUCAGCAUGAAGACCCUCAUCAUAGCCGCUUACUCCGGGGUGCUGCGAGGCACUGGCUCCAGCAUCCUCUCUGCCCUCCAGGACCUCUUCUCCGUCACUUGGCUCAAUAGGUCCAAAGUGGAAAAGCAGCUACAGGUCAUCUCAGUGCUACAAUGGGUCCUGUCCUUCCUCGUGCUGGGAGUGGCCUGCAGCGUCAUCCUCAUGUACAUAUUCUGCACCGAUUGCUGGCUCAUCGCUGUGCUGUACUUCACCUGGCUGGUGUUUGACUGGAACACACCCAAGAAAGGUGGCAGGAGGUCAGAAUGGGUCCGAAAUUGGGCUGUGUGGCGCUACUUUCGAGACUACUUCCCCAUCCAGCUGGUGAAGACACACAACCUGCUGACCACCAGGAACUACAUCUUUGGAUACCACCCCCAUGGCAUCAUGGGCCUGGGUGCCUUCUGCAACUUCAGCACAGAGGCCACGGAAGUGAGCAAGAAGUUCCCUGGCAUUAGGCCCUACCUGGCCACUCUGGCUGGCAACUUCCGGAUGCCAGUGCUGAGGGAGUACCUGAUGUCUGGAGGCAUCUGCCCCGUGAACCGGGACACCAUAGACUAUUUGCUUUCAAAGAAUGGGAGUGGCAAUGCCAUUAUCAUCGUCGUAGGGGGUGCAGCUGAGUCCCUGAGUUCUAGGCCCGGCAAGAAUGCGGUCACCCUGCGCAACCGGAAGGGCUUUGUGAAACUGGCCCUGCGUCAUGGAGCCGACCUGGUUCCUACCUACUCCUUUGGGGAGAAUGAGGUCUACAAGCAGGUGAUCUUUGAGGAGGGCUCCUGGGGCCGAUGGGUCCAGAAGAAGUUCCAGAAGUACAUCGGUUUUGCCCCAUGUAUCUUCCAUGGCCGAGGCUUCUUCUCCUCCGACACCUGGGGGCUGGUGCCCUACUCCAAGCCCAUCACCACUGUCGUGGGUGAGCCCAUCACCAUCCCCAAGCUGGAGCACCCAACCCAGCAGGACAUCGACCUGUACCACGCCAUGUACAUGGAGGCCCUGGUGAAGCUCUUCGACAAGCACAAGACCAAAUUCGGCCUCCCAGAGACUGAGGUCCUGGAGGUGAACUGAGCCAGCCCUCAGGCCAGCUGCCACUGCAAAUUUUUUCUACCAAGUUCUUGGGUGCUUUUUGUUCUGUAAAUUUGGAAGCGUCAUGGGUGUCUGCGGGUUAUUUAAAAGAAAUUAUAAUAAUUUUGUUAAACCAUUACAAUGUUAGUUCUUUUUUAAGAAGGAAAAAGUGACUCUUUCAAGCUUUUUCACUUCCAGUUUGUCCUGUUCUAGGUAGUGGCUAUGACAUUUGGGCCUGUAUGGUUUCUUAAUCAACCCCUCUUCUUCCCUUCCCAAAGUCACGGAGAAAACUCAGUCCUGGUGAAUCGGGGAAGGAAGACAACCAUUAGUGACUCAGGCCAGUUAUAUUAUUUGCUCUGUGCUCCUGGAGGCUGAGGGGCAGAAGCUGCUUCUAACACGAACACCUCUAUUCCCAGCUACCUUGUCUUGACCGCAGGACUAGUCCCUCUUGCCAAGGGGAAGACUCGAGAGCACAGUUGUCCCCAUUUUGAAGAGUGCAGUGAUGAGCAUCUGGACUGUUCCAGCUCAAUUCUUCUUCUGGUCACUGCCCACACUCCCAGUGUUUCAGAUCUGAGCCUAGACUGGCCUCCAGAGUGACGAUAGGGGUGGUGACGAUCCCAUGCUGGGGAACAGGGUUGUCCCGGAUGCACCAUUUCUUGGAUUAUUCAGCCACCACAUUCUGAUUGGAGUGACUGGUUUUCUUCAGGGGAUGCUGACGUGGACCCAGCACCAACCCAGCUUGGGCCUGAAUCCCAUCCUUUCCAGUGGCCUCGGCUUGCUGAACCUACACCCUCAAGUGUGCGUGUGAGGAAGGGGUUUCUCUUCCUGUUCACAGAGGGGCCUGGCCUUCUAAGCAGCAGACUGGUUCCAGGACAGGCCUCCAAACCCAAGCCUCACGUGCGUGUGCCUUUCUGGAAAAGUGGGGGCCAAGGUGGAAACCCAGCCUUUCCUCUGUGUGUUCUGUUUUCUCUUGAUGAGAUCAUUGUACCAUGUCAGACUUUUGUAUAUUUUAUUUCCUAAACAAAUAAAAAUGAGUGUCCUCUCUGA